CGUGAAAGACGGUGUUAACGUCGAUAGCUACUAUUCAAAUCGUUCAGUAACCCGAAUGUCAGUCGAUAUCUGUAAAUUCGAUGGCCAGGAUGAACAAGGUCUUCCAAUUCACGUGUCGCAGAACGUGGGACUCCUGGAAACGUAUCGAUACAUUAUGGAGGAUGCAGCAGAUCCCCGAGUAGCGGACUGGUUUUUAAUGGGUAGCCCAGUUCCAUUGUUAGGAAUUAUAUCCCUUUACCUCGCGUUUGUUCUCCGUCUCGGUCCACUUUAUAUGAAGAACCGAAAGCCGUUCAACUUGAACAAGCUCAUGAUAUUUUAUAACAUUUUUAUGGCGACCGCAAGCGCUGCCGUAUUUUAUGGGCUUCUUACGUCUGGCUUUACCACGAAAUUUUCUUUAGGAUGUGAAAUUCAUGUUGUUUCGCAUGAUGCUGAAUCAUAUCGCAUGGCGCGAUGGAUAUGGAGGCUUUUAAUAUUAAAACUUUUCGAGCUGGGCGAUACAGUAAUUUUCAUCCUCAGAAAAAAAUUCAAUCAAGCAACCUUCCUUCACAUUUACCAUCACACUUCUACCGUUCUCCUUUCAUGGAUAACGUGCAAAUUUGUGCCAGGUGGCAUGUGGACGUUCCCGAUUAUGCCAAACUGUAUAGUGCACGUGAUUAUGUACACCUACUAUCUCCUUGCUUGCUUGGGCCCAGGAAUGCAAAAGAGGAUCGCACCUUGGAAACAAUACAUUACAGGAUUACAAAUGAUCCAAUUCGUUAUUAUGAUAGGCCACACAUGUCAAACUUUGUUUCCAUCCUGCGAGCCAAAUCGAAAACCGGUGGCUUACAUCUACAUGUCUCAAAUACUUACUAUGUUCUACAUGUUCUGCGACUACUACAAGAAAUCGUAUCUCAGAAAAAAGACGCAGUAA